CAUCAUAAAUAUGUAUUUCUUCAUUUUACUUGUUAAGUUGUUAGGACCCGCCAAAGUCCAUAGCCCAAACAUAAAGCCUGGAUAAGAAACCCAAACAAUAACCGGAAAAUCGACGGUCCCGCCCAAAUAUUUGUUCACUCUCACUAUUUAACCGCACAGAAUCCGCCCUCACUCCAUUUCUCCGGGAAACCGCUCUAUUGAAAAUUUGAACCUCUUCUUCCCAGAGAAUCCCUAAACCAAAAUUGCAAACCCUAAUCGCCGCCGUCUGUGGCCUCUUCGUCAUCGGGAAACCCCCGGUCCCAGAAGGGAAACUUCCGAAACUGGACCGAACUCCCUGACGAAUCACGUCGUCCAUACUCUCGCGGCUGGGAGCGAUCGAGAUUCUGGAGUCCGCUCAUACGGUGUGCAUGAAAUGGCUCACAGUGUUCAAGGACCCGCUGAUGUGGCGCACUAUCGACAUGCGCAAUGAUGGGGAUUUCGACGAUGAACUUCCUUACGACAUGGAGAAGAUGUGCCGCCACGCCGUUGAUAUGAGCCGCGGCGGUUUGGUCGAUAUCGAUAUCGAGUAGACGAGUACUUCGGCACCGAUGAUCUCCUCCGAUAUAUCGCUCUUAGGACCCUCGGAUGUGGCACACUAUGCUGAUCCUGACCUGCCGUAUAGCCUUGAUAGGAUGUGCCGCCAUGCCGUAAAUCUUAGUGCUGGCAAUUUGGUCGAUAUCAAUAUUGAGUCAUUUGGCGAAUUUGAGCUCCUUCAGUAUAUCACAAAUAGUUCGAGUAAAAUCAGAAGGCUCCGAAUUGUGUGUUGCUAUGGCAUUUGCGAUGAGGGAUUGUCUGAAGUUGUUUCAAAAUUUCCAAUGUUGGAGGACAUUGACUUAACAUUAUGCAAAAAUAUUACGCAUAGGUCUCUGAAACUGAAUGGGCGCUCUUGCCCUCUUUUGAAAUCAUUGAAAGUGAACAAUGAGUGGCACAAGUACCCAGACGACUGGUUCAAUGAUGAUAGUGAUGAUGAAUUCUCUUUGAAUAGAGAUGAGGAUGCAAUUGCUGCAGCUCAAACGAUGCCUGGUGUGCGCCACCUCCAGCUGUUUGGGAAUCAGAUAACUAAUGAGCGCUUGAAGAAGAUUCUAGAUGGUUGUCCUCAUCUCGAGUCACUUGAUCUGCGGCAUUGUUUCAAUCUUGAUCUCGGGGGAGAUUUGGGAAGAAUAUGCGCUGAACGAAUUAAAAAGCUGCUGCUUCCUAAUGAAUUUAGCCCUUCAAUUGAUUGGCGUAAUCAACAAUUAAGUCGUCGUGAAACCCCUGUACGACAAUGGUGGGAUCCGUACGGAAAUUAUGAUAGUAGUGAUUGAUUGGUUUGUAUGGUGAUCAACUGAUCAUGAGGGACCUGAAUUGGGAGUGAUGUGUGUGGCCUGAUCAUUUUUCUUCCAAAGUUUCUGUGAAGCUUCAUCCAUCGUAGUGGUUCGGAACUUCAUGACGGUUCUAUUUCUUGGUUUGUAGUAACAUUAUUCUCCUUAGAUUCUCAAGAGCUGAAAAAUUUCGGUAGUUUCUUCUUAUGCUUUGCAGUUUGCAGUUUGCUGGCUGCAUUUUAUUUAUCAGAGAAGGGUUAACAUUUUAGCUUUUCAACGUCCUGUUUACCUAUGUACUAUCGCCAUGAAAGGCUUAAUGUCUACUUACCUAAUCUUA